UAAAAGCUGUAUAUAUCUCCUUCAUUGCCGUCCAUUCUGCUUCGCUCUGAUGGGUUCCCUCGGGCUCCGCUUCCCCUCUCCAUCUCUCCGAAUUUUUUCUCCUAAAAAGCCGAAGGCGCCGCUUUCUGGGAUAAUCCGAUGCGGGCUGAGAGGCGGGCCGAGGAAGCCGCUGUGGCGGGGGCGGGUGCUGUCCACGGAGGCCAUCCACGCCGUCCAUGCCCUCAAGCUCGCCAAAUCCUCGCCAAAACCCAAACCCUCCUCCUCGCCCAAUACCAAACCUAAUAAUAGAAUGGAGGAGGUCUUCCGCGAUAAGCUCGGCCGGCUCCUGAAGGCGGACCAAAUCGCCGUGCUCGCCGAGCUCCGCCGCCAGAACGAAUGGGAGAUGGCCCUCCAGGUGUUUGCAUUUAUUCGAAAGGAGGUGUGGUAUAAACCAGAUCUAUCUCUCUACAGUGAUAUGAUUUUCAUGGUGGGAAAGAACAAGCUGAUUGAAAUUGCUGAGCAGCUUUUUUCUGAAUUAAAGAAAGAGGGCUUGCAACCUGAUACCAGGACCUAUACUGAAAUGAUAGGAGCCUUUCUGCAAGUUGGUAUGGUGGAGAAGGCAAUGGAUAUGUACAAGUUGAUGAAGGAGUCAGGCUGCAAUCCAGAUAAGUUGACCUUAACCAUUUUAAUCAGGAAUCUUGAAAAAGCUGGAGAGAAAGAUCUUGCCUCUGCUGUAAGGAAGGAAUGUGCGGAGUAUAUGGACUUCCCGGAGAAAUUUCUUGAAGAAGUUGACAAAAAAUUUCAUUUUUCUAUUUCCCUUCUGCAGCCAAAAAGGAGGUCACUCGAACUUGUUUGAAUUACAUGAGAUCAUUGCCCAUGAAAGCUGAUACAGUCCUCUUGCAAGGACAUAAACUUGGUUCACCAUUUGAGGGGCACAUCAGAAGUUAUGUCAAUGGCAUGGGUGUGGCUAUCUUGAGGUGCCCGCUAAGCUCAAAGCAUGAGAUGGAUAUAUCUGGAGCUUGGGCCACAUCUGCAACUUCUCGUGAGUUUCUCAAUUCCAUCAAAGGAGUAUAACUCUGCAAUCAUCAGGCAACAGAUAUUGUUCAUCUUUGUAGCAUGGAGUUAAAAGCAGUAGCAUGUACAUUUCUGAUUCAAAAAUCCCUGAAGUUAUUCAUGACGAUGGCUUGACUGAUUCACUUAGAACUUUCUCAUUAAAUAACUAAAUCUAUUUCGGUUGCUUGUU